UCGCACCUCUCGCGAGACUCGACGCCCGACUUGUGCGCCCGGGAAACCCCGUUGCUCCCUUUCCCCUGGCUGGCAGCGCGGAGGCCGCACGAUGCCUGGAGUUACUGUAAAAGACGUGAACCAGCAGGAGUUCGUCAGAGCUCUGGCAGCCUUCCUCAAAAAGUCUGGGAAGCUGAAAGUCCCUGAAUGGGUGGACACUGUCAAGCUGGCCAAGCAUAAAGAGCUUGCUCCCUACGAUGAGAACUGGUUCUACACGCGAGCUGCUUCCACAGCACGGCACCUGUACCUCCGGGGCGGCGCUGGGGUCGGCUCCAUGACUAAGAUCUACGGGGGACGUCAGAGAAACGGGGUCAUGCCCAGCCACUUCAGCAGAGGCUCCAAGAGCGUGGCCCGCAGGGUCCUCCAAGCCCUAGAGGGGCUGAAAAUGGUGGAAAAGGACCAAGAUGGGGGCCGCAAACUGACACCUCAGGGACAGCGGGAUCUGGACAGAAUCGCCGGACAGGUGGCAGCUGCCAACAAGAAGCAUUAGAACAAAUGCUGGGUUAAUAAAUUGCCUCAUUCGUA